GGCCUCGCGCACGCGCAGUUGUGAGUUGGGGGGACGCAAGAUGGCGUUCCCGAAGUAUAAGCCGGCUCGCCUGGCUACUCUUCCCUCUACCCUCGACCCGGCCGAAUACGACAUAUCUGCGGAAACCCGGAAGGCGCAAGCCGAGCGCUUGGCCAUAAGAGCCCGGCUCAAACGAGAAUAUCUACUUCAGUACAACGACCCCAAACGCCGAACGCUCAUAGAAGAUCCUGCUUUGCUUCGUUGGACCUAUGCAAGAUCAGCUAAUGUCUAUCCCAAUUUCAGACCCACUCCCAAAAACUCGCUGAUAGGACUUGUGGGUGGACUUGGGCCCCUCCUCUUCUGGUAUUAUGUUUUCAAAACUAGUAGGGAUAAGAAGGAAAAGCUGAUCCAGGAAGGAAAAGUGGAACAAUCCUAUCAUAUCUCAUAUUAAAUCUGAUGACUGUGAUGACUGUGUUUUCUUCCUUAAAUAAA